CUUAGCAAGAAUUCCCCACCUCCAGCUCUCCAUUCGUCGUAGGUCAUAUUUUCCGGCGAAACGCUGCUGCUCCACCUCAACUCCUCUCCUAAGUGAGGAAUGGAAGAAUCAGCCAUCGGAAGUUGGGAGAUGCAGGAGUUUACCGACAUCGACACAGCAUCCGACUCCCUCAACAGCUCCGUCAUUUUCCACGUCGUCACCGACAUUCUCGCCUUCGUCCUCUAUAUGCACCAUCAAAUCCCUUCUGUUUUGCAGGAUAUUAGCCUCGAAUUUGACGAAUUGCAGAAGGAGUACAAGGAUUUGGAAAUACUACUAGCUUCGCAAGCUGAGAUGAAGGCAUCCUUAAGGAGAAAGCACGUUUCCAGAAAGAGAGAGGUGAAGCAGGGUAUCAGAAGACUGGAAAAAUUAAUCAACUCUGUCUCUAAUUUCAAGACUGCUCUUCAGCUCUUGAUCCCUCAGAUUCCACAAGUUGAGCGGCUAAUUCUGGUUCUUGGACCUAGUCCCUUAAGGCCCAUACAUCUCUAUGAACUCUGUUUUUCGAGCGGAACAACUGUUUCCCCUGAUUUUGUCAGAACAAAAGUGGCUGACGGAAUCUGCAGAAAGGCCAUUCGCACUUUGAUCUCGGGAGGCGCUGGAUCAAAUAGCGACUCAUAUUCCGGCCCUUCAAAGCUUUUCUUGUUGGUAAAAGCUCCCUCCUCGUUGAAUUUGCCUUUACAUUUUCUUCCCAAGCGUGAGUUCAGAUACAAUAAGAAGAUAGCGCCAUUUAAGUUGCGGUUCAAGUGCAGAAGUGAACAGCCAGCGUUGAAUGCUCAAGUUGAUGACCCUCAACCUGCUAGCUCCGUGUUGAUGAAUUCAACAUCAACCGAUAACGUUUGGUUUCAGUGUCGGCACAUAAUCAAGGGCCUAGCUUCCAAAUCAUUGUCAACUGAAGGGUGAUGUUUGCCUCGUCACUCUUCACAAACUAAAACAUGACAGAUAAUUUUUUUUGUUGUUACAGGAUGCAGCAAUGUUGUCCUAGUGGUAUUUUUUUCUCUAAUCCGGGAUGCAGAUGCAAAGAACAUUUGGUAGUUUCUUUUUCUUUCUUUAGGUUUGGGAAGCAUAUAAAAAGGAAAUGUGGCUUGAAGAAGCAAUGAAAAUUUCAUUCAUGCAAUUCCUCUUCAUUGUCAAAUUGUUCUAGAUCAACAGUUCUCACAAAUCUGACAUAGAGACUUGUACACAUCUUUACCAUCAGAUUUGCUUCUCUAUUUCCUGUACAUCGGCGGACUCUUAGGGUAACUUGUUGAUACA